AUGUCUUCAAACAGUUUCGCCCCCAGCGGGCUGACCUUGCCUUCCGGAGGCUUGGCCGCCCGCCGUGGCAGCCAGAAUGUCAAGCCCCUCUCUUUUGAUGCCAUCAACCAGAGCAAGGACAAGGACCCUGGACUCCCCACCCCUCGCACCAGCCGCUCUCACCUGCUCGCUGGUCUGAGGACCGCGCCAAAGUCCGCGACUGUUGCCUCCUUCGGCCCCCAGUCUCCUACUACUACCGCUCCCGCUCAGCAGUACGCCCGCAACUCCAUGGCUGGAAACGCCUAUGGCAUGGGUCAGGACAAUGCCUACAACGGCCCUAAGACGGCGUUCCCUCAAUACGGCACCCAGAACAACUACAACAACUCUAUGAUGAACCAGCAGUACACCGUCGAUCAAGUGUUGGCCCCCCCUGAGCUCCCCAUUGAUGAGCAGGCUCAGGAGCACAUGGACCCUAACCUGUACGCCCAACUUGUCGCUACCAACAUGUAUCUGGCCCAGCAGCAGCAGCGCCUCCAGCAGCAACUUAGGAGCGUGCAGGCCGCUGCCCAGCAAUUCCAGCAGCUCAACCUCAGCAACCCGCAGCUCACUCAGCAGCAGUUGGCUCUCUAUGAGCAGCAGCAGCAGCUCCGAAACAUGCAGCAGCAGCUCGGCGUCCAAGCCGCCCUGAGCCAGCAGCAAGCCCAUCAGGCUCAGCAGACCCAGCAGGUUUACUACAACCCCAUGACUGGCCAGUACUACUUUGACAACUCUGCUGCUGUUCAGAUGAACGGGUCCUAUGCCGACCAACCCGCCACUCCUGGCUUCAACGGAUUCCAGCAGCAGCAGCAACAGCAGGCCACCCCCUCUGUCCAGGUUUCCCCCCCGGCUGAAACUCAGCCCUUCUCUUUCCGAAGCAAUUCCCCUCCCAAGCGAUACGAGUCUCCCAGCGAGGUGACGCCUCUCCCCCCGCCAUCUGCGAAUGCCUUCCGCCGGGGUCAUAAGAAGGCUUGUUCCCUAGCCCCCGUCAACAGCUCCCUCGCCGCCGCCGCUCCCAACGAUGCUCCUAAGUCUGCCGGUCCCAAGACCGGUUCGUUCCCGAUGACUCCCCUCACCGGAGGAUACGGACCUGGCCAGGCCCGUGCUGGCGAGCACCCUGUUCGUCAGCCCCGUGGCCCUCCUUCCCUGGAUGAGCUCAAGUCGAAGCCUACCGCCAAGCACGAGGGCAGCAAGAACUUUGCCACCCGCACCAGACGAUCUGCAGUUCACAACCUUGUUCGUGCUGGCCUGGAGCGCCGCAAGGGCUCCGGCAGCUCGUGCGGGAGCAUGAGCCCUGUUUCCGAGACCGGCGAGGAGUCGACCACUCCUAUCACCGACAACGAGUCUGACUCUGGACGCAGUGGUUCCGGCAGCCUGGCUGGUGAGAUGGAGUGCUACAGCGCGCGAACUUCCACAAGCGGUGCCUGGGGAGCUAUCGGCUCGGACCGACCUAGCUCGCGCCAGAAGGGCCGCAAGAGCUCCGACAGUGUAGGCAGUGCAACCUCAGGUUGCGAGAGCGAGAACAGCUCUUUUGCGAAUGUGUUCAAGAAUGGCGCUCUGCGAGCGGCCAAGGCGCAAGAGUCGGCUGACAGCCAGCGCAAGGCACCGAGAUUGGUGCUCACCAAGGGCACCCAGGGUGUUUAA